GAAACCGUAGAAUGGCCAGCGAACUAGAGGAACGCGAAAUUAUCCCCCAAGAUUCGCUUUCGGAAGAAUCAUCGGCUGCACACACAAUUGAUCCAUACCAAAAUCAAGAGUACCUGCAGCGGAAGCUUUAUUUCUUGUUGGAAAAUCUUAAAAAGAUGCACACAAACUUACCAGAGCAAUACCAAAUGCGAAUUUCCUUCGAGUUACUCGCUGGGUUGGCAAAUACGUUGCUAAACGAUACCAUCUUUGAAAUCGCCAAAGGACUCAUGGAAAUACAGCACGUCACCGAAGCGCAUUUAAUGCAAGUGCGAGAAAAAGUAGAAAAUGAUCAUCAAUUGGAAGUAAAGCAGUGGGAGGCCAAAAUCCAAGAUCCUGAAGAACUGCAACACAUAAUUGCCCUAAUGAAGAUAAAACACGGGAAGAACAUGAAAGAAACGGACAUGAAGCUAGUGCUACAUUUGGAUCAAAAGGUAAAAGACCAGCAAUCGACUCUGGAGAAAGCAGGCGUUCCAGGAUUCUACGUGACGGAUAAUGUGAAGGAAAUCAAGAUACAAAUGUUUCUUCUUGAUUUCAUUUUACGGCUCAGCCGCCUUAAAUUCGAACCAAACAAGAUACAACAACUUAUUUGCACUAAGUAAAACUUCCAUUGGUCGAAGGUUUUGCCUAUAGACUUUAUUAAACAGAGCAAAAUGGUCUCAUUGCUUUUUAUUAUUCAUGUUUUCGCCUGUUAUAGCGAGUAUCUUGGUUUCUUUCCGUUUUGUUCCUUGUUUAUUAUUCCGUGAAGGAGAGAAUUAUGGAACUAUAAAAUUGAUGCCCCUACUUGCAUGCAAGUUACUGGACAAAAACACAAAAAAUCUUUUUAAUCCCCCUCUUCUUUAGGUUUUCAUACAAAACGUGGCUUAUAUGUGUGUGUGCCAAUCAAUUGAAAUCAAUUGAAAAAUGUGUGUUGAAUUGAAAUCAUGUCGAUAUGAAUCAAAAUAAGCGUGUUGAAGGAAAGGAAGGACCGACGUUUCAUUCAAACUUUAUUGGAAAUUUAAAUUUAGUCGAUAUGUUUUAAUCAUUUAUUUUCAUCCUUAUAUAUUUGGAAUGAGCAAAAAAAUACUUUUCAUCAAUAGAACACACGCGACAAGAACUUAAUUUAAUGUGUCGACUUCCUUAUUAUUUGCGGAUGAACCCUUCUAAUUUAUUUUUCUGCUCGUUGUAUUUGCUCAUUUAUUCUGCUCUAAUUGUUUGUGGGACUCCAAAAAAAUUAAAAUCUAAACUAAAUGGCAACAACGAGUUUUGUUGUUCAUAAGAACUUUUCACAUUGACCAUUAAAGCUUGCACAUAAAAGUAUCACCAGAACCUGUCGAAGUUUCUUCGACACUUUCUACCUUGACUCAACUUUCCUCGCCACUUGCUCUUGUACUGAUGAAUCAAAACAAAAAGCUUCAUUGGUCGCCGACUAGGUCGCGAAACGCCAAUCAGUGGAAGCGCUGAUAUCAUUUAAAAUUUAUUUCUCGGUUGAUUUUCAGUUAGAUUUAUCCAUCAGUUUUGCAUAAAACUACUUUGACUAGUUCAGGAUGUUACACGUUUCCACUUCCCCGAGUUUAUUGUUACCCUUACCAAAUUAUUUUACCUGAA